UUCAGACCGGAAGUGCAGCCUGUUAUUGAAUCCAGUUUGACAUUGGUGCCGAAUGCUGCUGCUGCUGCUGCUGCUGCGACCAGACGAGACUGCCCGUCGUAUCGCCCGGCUGCCGGUGGCCACUCCUGCCGUCGAGACACUACGGCAAACGGACUUCUAAGCGCAGCCAUGUGCAGCUGUGUGCGGAGCUCCAGGGCUCUGUCCCCCGUGCUGCUCCCCAGGCUGCUGCCCCCGCACCCCUGCUACAGGCUGGCGGACAGGGGCCUCCGGACCUCGGCCCGCUGCCUGGCCGUCAGCGGGGACUCGCAGCCGCUCCCGCUGCCCGGCCAGGCCCGGGUGGUGAUCUGCGGCGGGGGCAUUGUGGGGACGUCGGUGGCGUACCACCUGGCCAAACUGGGCUGGACUGACAUCGUGCUCCUGGAGCAGGGCAGACUCGGUGCAGGGACCACCAGACUGUGUGCUGGCAUUGUCAGCGUGGCUAAGCCUAUUUCCAUUGAGUGUCAAAUGGCCAACUACUCCAAUGGCCUUUACGAGCAGCUGGAGGAGGAGACGGGGGUCAAAACAGGCUAUGUGAAGACGGGAUCUUUGUGUUUGGCUCAAAAUCAGGAUCGCUUCCUCUCCCUGAAGCGCCUGGCAUCCCGACUGAAGGUAAUGGGGAUCAGCUGUAACAUCAUUAAACCUAAGGAAGUGGCCAAACUCCACCCUCUUGUCAAUAUUCAUGACCUGGUAGGGGCACUCCACCUCCCAGCUGAUGCUGUGGUGUCUCCACCUGAAGUUAACCACGCCCUGGCUGUGGCUGCUGCUGGACAAGGGGUUCAGAUCCUGGAGCGGACCAGUGUCCAGCAGGUUCUGGUGGAGAAGGGUCAAGUGAUGGCGGUGGAGACUGACCGGGGCUCCAUUGAAUGUGAAUAUUUCGUCAACUGUGCUGGACAGUGGGCCUACGAGCUGGGCCAGGCCAGUGAGAGGAAGGUGUCAGUCCCUCUUCAUGGCUGUGAACACUUCUACCUCCUCACAAAACCUCUCCAAGAGCCACUUCCAGACGCCAUGCCAGUGGUGAUCGAUAUGGACGGCAGGAUAUAUGCACGGCCGUGGCAGGGCGGCCUUCUGUCAGGGGGCUUUGAGAAGAAUCCCAAACCCAUCUUCACUGAGGGCCGAAACCAGCUGGAGAUCCAGAACAUGCAGGAGGACUGGGACCACUUUGAGCCAAUGCUCAACGCUCUGCUGAGGAGAAUGCCUGGUCUAGAGUCGGCUGAGAUCCAUCAGCUCGUCAACUGUCCGGAGUCCUUCACGCCUGAUAUGCGCUGUCUGAUGGGAGAGACGCCAGGCGUCACUGGCUACUACGUGUUGGCUGGGAUGAACUCAUCUGGUUUGGCUUUCGCCGGAGGAGCUGGCAAGUACCUGGCAGAGUGGAUGACCUACGGCUACCCCACCGCCAACGUCUGGCCACUGGACAUCAAGCGCUUCGGUAACCUGCAGAGCAGCCGGACCUUCCUGAGACACAGAGUCAUGGAAGUCAUGCCCCUGCUCUAUGAACUGAAGGUUCCUCGCUGGGACUUUCAGACUGGCCGUCAGCUGAGAACCAGCCCUCUGUACGACCGUCUGGACACGCAGGGAGCGCGCUGGAUGGAGAAACAUGGCUUUGAAAGGCCCAAAUACUUUGUUCCUCAUGGGAAAGAUCUGCUGUCUCUGGACCAGAGUAAGACCUUCUACAAACCGGACUGGUUUGACAUCGUGGGAGCGGAGGUGAAAUGCUGCAAAGAGGCCGUGUGCGUCAUCGACAUGUCCUCCUUCACCAAGUUCGAACUGUCGUCGACAGGAGAACAGGCCCUGGAGCUGCUGCAGCAUCUGUGUGCCAACGACCUGGAUGUUCCCGUCGGACACAUUGUCCACACCGGCAUGUUGAAUGAGAGGGGAGGCUACGAGAACGACUGCAGCGUGGUCCGCAUCAGCAAGAACAGCUUUUUCAUCGUCUCUCCGACAGACCAGCAGGUCCACUGUUGGUCCUGGAUAAAGAAACACAUGCCCAAUGACCCACAGCUCCACCUGGAGGACGUCAGCUGGAAGUACACAUCCUUAAAUCUUAUUGGACCCCGUGCAAUGGAUGUUUUGGCCGAGCUGUCCUACGUUCCCAUGACACCUGACCACUUCCCUUCUAUGUUCUGCAAGGAGAUGAGUGUGGGCUAUGCAAACGGGAUCAAAGUGAUGAGUAUGACUCACACUGGGGAGCCAGGCUUCAUGCUCUACAUCCCCAUAGAGUACGCCUUGCACGUGUACAACGAGGUGAUGUCAGUGGGUCAGAAGUACGGGAUUCGUAACGCAGGCUACUACGCGCUGCGCAGCCUCCGCAUAGAGAAGUUCUUUGCCUUCUGGGGUCAGGACCUCGACGCUUUCACCACGCCGCUGGAAUGUGGACGAGAGUUCAGGGUCAAGUUUGACACGGACAAAGACUUCCUCGGCCGCGAGGCGUUGUUGCAGCAGCGACAGGACGGCGUGUUUCGGCGAUUCGUCAUGCUGGUCCUGGAGGACCACGACACGGAGCUGGACUUGUGGCCGUGGUGGGGGGAGCCCAUCUACCGCAACGGUCAGCUGGCCGGGGCUACCACCAGCAGCGCCUACAGCUACACCCUGGAGCGCCACGUCUGCCUCGGCUUCGUGUCUCCGCCGCCGGGCCCGGAGGGGCUCCCAACCCCCUUCACCCCAGACUUCAUCAACCGCGGGGACUACGAGGUGGACAUCGCUGGCCAGCGCUACCCGGCCAAAGCCAAACUCUACCCCUUCAGCUCCCUUUUCACCCAACAGAAACGCCGCAAGGAAGACAUGGAGCUCAGCAACCUCCAGGGGAAGUGAUGCCGAGGAGUAGAAAAAAAUCCUCUGCUCGUUUGUGAUCCUCCUUCGGUUCACCGAAUCCACUCCAGCAGUGCCAACCUAUCUUCCCCUUUUCUAGCUCCUACUCAGAGGGCUGACUGCACAAUCACUCCUCGUCCCUUUAAAUAUUUAUCUUCCACGUCGCAUCUCCCCCUUUCUAAGUGCAAUAUUUAAAGAAAAGCCAAGUGCUUGAGCUCCUGCGUCACUUACGUUCGCUGUCCCUUUUCCAGCCCUGCCUCCCUCUUACACCUAAACACAAGUCCACACAGUCUCAGAGGCUCUACCAACUGGGACAAGUGCCUUUGUGAAGGCAGCACCAACAAUAGUUAUUGAGACUCCAGAAGGAAAGUUUCUUUUGACCGACAAUCCUCUCCAGUUGUGUUUCUGUCAUCGAAACGAGAAAAAAAAUGUCAAUGCCGAAGUGUAAAAGCCUACGCGGCGGUGUGGACGUUGAUUUUUGUUUUCAUUUCUUCAAAUUGUAAAUCUGCUGCUUUAAAGAAAUACGAGUGAUGUGAUGGCGGAGGAAAAUAUCCUUCCCGGUCGGAGGGAAAAGCAUUCGGAAGCUUGAUAUAAUCAUUUGUAAACCAGUGUCUCGUGUGCCGCCCAUUACUGCUCUUUCACUCCUGUUGAAAAAGCUUCUCCAAAACACUUCAAAGUACAUUUUUCCCUGCUUUUUUUUUUUUUUUUUUUUUUUUACUUUCAGCUGUUCUGGUGUUAUUUUGCUGUGAAUUUUUCCAGUAAUAUAAUACAACCUGUUAUUUAUGUAUUGUGGUCAUUUGAAAUCAGCUGGAGUUUGUUGUAUUGAAGUGCUGUUGAAUGUGGCGGAUGUCAGGUGACCCAGGAUGGUAAAAAUGCGACAGCGGUCCCAGGCCUGUCGGUGGGGAGGGGGGAGGGUCCAUGAGUUGCCGAUUUGUUGUUUUUGCCUCAUCCAGAGGUUGGAUGUUUGUGUAAAGGAAAGACUUUGUGGCCAUUUCAAAAGAAAAGGAGUGUAUUUUUGCAUAGCCGGUGUGUAUAAAAUCUCUAUUUUCUGUACCAGCACAUAUUUUCUACAUCGGUUUUAAGUUGUAUCAGCAUGUAUGAAAUCGCCACUCGUCCUUCUGAUUGUGCAUCGUUUCAAAUGCUCUCCAGGACGCUCGCCCGCAGUGUCUUGACAUUUUCCCCAUGUGUAUUUCUGUACAGAACCUCUACGAUGUCAUUCGGUCGGGUAAAGGCCUGGCGCUGGUCGUGAUUUGUGCGUGUGUGUGGCUCGAAUACACUUCAGCUGCGAUAGUGUAGUGUGAGUGUGUGAGGGUUGUCUGGUGUCAACGGGCUCUGCACUAAAAGUGCAUGGUCACCUUGUGGGGAAUCAGGAAGUUGUCUCAACUGGCUGGAGGACGGAGCAGAGGUCACGCGCCGCCUGAGUGCCUUACUUUCAGAGGGACGACGAUGUUCAAAUCCAAGGCGAAAUCUGUUCUGAUGUGUUUGUCGGAGGUUGCUUAUUUUUAGGUGUUUCUCCAAAUGUAUUGUUGUAAAAAAAAGAGUUUGUUCCUUUUCUUUGCUUGAUUUGAAUACAAGAUUUAUUUAUUUUCUUCUUGAGUAGCAGCAGCAGCAGCAUUUGAAUAGAGCUGCUACCGAAGCACUUUCACCUCCGAGAGGAGAUCUGCAGCGGCUUUCAAGUUUGGAUGUUGCAGAAAGCAGCUGCCGUGUUGACAAAACUAGAAUAUAGAGAGGGCCUCGUUAAACCCUCACACUUGGGUUUCGUUUAACGUGGGGCGACACUCUUUUGCUAACAUCUCAGGCUUUUUAUCACUGAAUGAAUCCGUGAAAUGUUCGGUGCGGUUCACGUUAAUGAGCUCAUGCGGCGGACCUUUGCGCCGAGCAGGACAAUAAAAGUGCAACUUUGCGUUUUACACCUUGGUUGCUGCACGGCUGGGAGAUGAAUUGCUCGUGUGGUGGCUGUCGCUGCUCAGCAGAAAAAAACCAAACUCCCAUCUGCGACAGGGAGGUUGACGUUGCUCUCAAAGGGCUAAUUUUUCUUAAUGUGCACUUGAAAUGUUUGUGGAAAGGUGUUAAUAUUGAAUGAAGUGACUGCAUUAUGAGCACGGUGGAUUGUUUUGUCUUUGUUACAGUACAGUCGUCUUGUUUUGUCCCUUUCAGUGUCACUACGGCGAUUUGGCCUCGACCUCAGCGCUGUACAGUAGAAGCGACCCGUCUCUUCCACAGUGGUGCUUCGGCUCCAUGCAGUUCACCUCUUUAACACCGAAUAGCAACGUUUGACUCCCAAGUCUCCUCUCGUGUUGCGGUUUAUCAUCUCCAGAAGUUCUUUACAGCCAAAAGAGCUUGGGAGAAAACACCUCCCCUGCAGGAACCACAGAUGUGCUGUUGUCUUUGCACACGUUCAGUAGGUUUUUUGACAGGACACGGUAAGAACGGAGCUCCGGUCACGUUAAGGGAAAGUCUGUUCUGUUGGUGACUGAUCUGUCAAACCUCGCUCAGACGCUCAACACUCCUGGAUGGUGGGUCGUCCCUUACUUAAUGUUCCUGUUUUUAACACUUCUUUUGACUGGACUUAUAUGUAAAUGCCGGCUUUUCCCCCAAAGAGUCAUGUUCUUAUAACAAACUGAUGUUUGACUGUCUAAUGUUAAAAAAAAUAAACAAAUAUGUAAUGUGUUCAUACCA